GAUGCGUUCACGAAUAGCCCGUUUAAUCCGUCUGUGGUGAAGCGACUGUGCGCUCUCUGUACUUCGUUGUCAAGAGUUGAAGCGGUGAUGGCGCAGACGGACGACAUUGACAUAAUGAUGAAUUAUCACGGAGAUGUAUUCAAAAACGACAGAAAGAACUGCCGCUAUCCCUACUGCGUUGUCUGGACUCCCAUUCCUAUUCUUUCGUGGGUGCUGCCUUUUAUUGGUCAUAUGGGAAUAUGCACCUCUUCCGGAGUUAUAAGAGAUUUCGCAGGCUCUUACUUUGUCUCGGAGGACAGCAUGGGCUUUGGAAGACCAACAAAGUACUGGAAGCUUGACGUGGACAAAGUGUGUGACAACAGUGCCAUUACCUGGGACAAAGCGGUGCAUGAUGCAUCCGAAGAAUACAAAUGCAGGCCGCACAACUUGUGCUUAGAUAACUGCCAUUCCCACGUUGCCAUGGCUCUCAACCUGAUGCGCUACGACAACAGCACCUCUUGGAACAUGGUCAACUUGUGUGUGCUGUCGCUCAUUCAUGGCAAGUAUGUAAGCUGGCCCGCGAUCCUGAAGACCUGGCUGCCCUUCAUCAUGCUCUGCGGAGUCUUCGCCAUGUUUGUCCUAACUUUCAACCUUCAGUAAUGCAGUCCAAAAAGACAACUCAUUUUGUCACAUUUCUGUGAUUGGCCUCAUACCUCAU